AUGAAAAAUACCCAGCACGAGAGCAGAUAUAAAAUUCAGAAGAAAAUUGGGGAGGGUACUUUUGGGAAGGUUUAUUCUGCUGUGGAUUUAAUUAAGAAUAAAAGGGUGGCCAUGAAGAAGAUAAAAUUGGAGAAGCAGCAGAAUGGGGUACCUGUGGAAUUAAUCCGUGAGAUAUCCAUAUUAAAGGCACUUUCCCAUAGGAAUUUAAUAAAGGUCUUGGAUACCUUUGUGAAAGACCAUGAAGAAGUCCAUAAUUUAAACAGGUCUUCAUACAGUAUAUUCUUGGUCUUCCCGUAUGCCAGGAUGGAUCUAGCAAAGGUCAUGAAGGAAAAGACUCUCUCACAGGAGGAAAUUCUUUCUUAUGCGAAGCAGAUUCUAAAAGGUCUUCAGUACAUGCACAGCAGGCACGUAAUUCACAGGGAUAUAAAACCCUCUAAUAUUCUGGUGCUAAGCAAUAAGUGCGUGAAAAUUGCUGACUUUGGUCUGUCCAGGACACUAAGCAAGAUAAGUAUGACGCAAGGCGUAGUGACCAGAUGGUACAGACCACCAGAAUUACUUAUGUGCGCAACAAGAUAUGAUGCAUCUGUGGAUAUAUGGGCACUUGGGUGCGUAAUUGCAGAGAUGCUUUGGAAGAGACCUUUAUUCAUGGAGGGCUCUGAUGUAGACCAGAUGAAUGCCAUAGGACUAGUGUGUGGUGAGAUAGACACAUCUAUAUUCUUAGACCAUAUUUCAGAUUCUGGCUUAAAUCCUGUUGUAUUCCGGAAGGGUGAAGAGUCAAAAAUACCGGAGAUGUUCAAGGAAUAUAACCCUACACUAUUCAAGUUAAUCACAGGCAUGAUGAAAAUUCACCCAAAAAGAAGACUAACAGCACAGGAAUCAUUAAAGAUCAUGAAAAAAGCAGGAGUGUAG